AUGUGGGUGUGGGGAAAGAGUUUGGGUAGUUUGGGAGAUGAGGAGGUGAGGUGGGAGGAGAGGAGAGUGCACUUGGAGGGUGAGAAAUUGACAAUGGCUGUGAUUUUGGGAGGUGAGGUUGGCCGGGAAAUCAAAAGGGAAGGGGAGCUGGGGUUAUGGGUUCAUGGGGGCCUGGGGUGGAGGGUAGUUGUUGGAUGGGUUUGGGUGGAGAGUGGUUGUGGGAUGGGUUUGGGGGUUGGAGUUUAA